AAAGAGGUUUGAAUAGUAAUUUGUGGAGUGUGAAUAGCAAGCCCCUUUGGGUGUAAUGCCCAGAACUAACGGGCCCUUUGGAAUUCAAUGGUUGGUGGGAUGAGAGCCCCGCUAAACCACAGAAUGAGAAAAAGGAACAUGUAAUGUAAUAUUUAAUUAUUUAAUUUAAUUUGUAUUUUUGGUGGCUAGUUUGUUACAGUUAGCUAGUAGGGAAGCAGAAACGUUGAAAAUGAAUGGAGAAAGAAAGACGAGGAGUGAUAACCGGCGAAGGUGAAUAAUAUGAAAUUGAAAACGGUUCCACCAUCGUUAGUGCUGACACCGGGACUCACUACGGUGGUACUCGCCAAAAGCAAGAAGCAGCACCAUGACACUCAGCCUCAGGGUUCUCAAUGCACUCCUCCAAGAAUCACAUCAAACGUCAAGCAAAACCUCCGAUUCCUAAAGCUAUGGAAGAGCUUCCAGAAUAGAAAUUCUAGCACUCCUAGGCCUGCAACCAGUUACCGCAAGAAGAAGGUCGAGAAGGAGGAUGUUGUAGACACAGACGACCUCUAUCGGGAUCCUACCACCGCUCUCUACUAUACCAACCAGCAGGGUAUAGAUAAUGCGGUCCCUGUAUUGCUUGUGGAUGGCUAUAAUGUCUGUGGCUAUUGGAUGAAGCUCAAGAAACAUUUUAUGAAUGGAAGACUUGAUAUUGCUCGACAGAAGCUAAUUGAUGAGCUUCUUACCUUUAGCAUGCUUAGAGAGGUCAAAGUGGUUGUUGUGUUUGACGCAAUGAUGUCUGGACUCCCUACUCACAAGGAAGAUUUCGCUGGUCUUGAUAUCAUUUUCUCAGGUGAAACGUGUGCUGAUACAUGGAUUGAGAAAGAGGUUGCAGCUUUAAAAGAGGAUGGUUGCCCCAAAGUGUGGGUAGUCACUUCUGAUCACUGUCAUCAGCAAGCAGCACAUGGAGCUGGAGCCUUUAUUUGGAGUUGCAAGGCAUUGGUUACGGAGAUCAAGGCAUCACAGAAGGAGGUUGAAAGGAUGCUUCAAGAGCAAAGACCCACUUCUUUUCAAGGUAGAUUAUUGAAGCACAAUCUUGAUGCAGAAGUUGUGGAUGCUCUGAAGAACCUGAGGCAAAAACUAUCUGAAAAUGAGUUGAAGUAAAAUAUCAGGUUAAAAUUCUUGUCAGAUUUUAGUUUGACAGACCAAACUUUGGAAAGACCCUGCUCGAUACUCAACAAGAUUGAUCAAAUGUGAAAGACCCUGCUUGGUUGUCAACAAGGUAGCUCUCAUAGUGAAGUCCUUGCAAACCCCAAAAAGAUGACAAGUAGCCCAGAUAGAGGCCACUUACUGACCAUUUGUUACUUGCCUGUUUUAUAAUUACAAUAUGCGAUUCACUUUCCUUUGUACAAGGGAAGAAAAUCGGUGCACUAAAGUAUAAAACAAAUUUUUUUAACUUUCUUUCUCUAUUUUUUUUAAGUGUAAUAUGAUUUAGUUUAAAUUGUAUUCAUUGUGAAUUUUUACGAUUAGCCAUAAAUAAAGAUGUGCAACAUCACUGUUUUUACGUA